GCGCGUCCUCAUGAAACAGACCGGCUACAGCCGGUAUAUAAACCGAGGCUGAGUACGAGACGGAGCAGACUGGCAUGAGAUAGAGGGCACGGUGAGGGACAGCAGCACCCAGCCCGAGGAUACCAUCUGAGUGAGGACAACACCUGCUCUGGGAGUGCGAGUGAGUACACCACCGGUGCCUGCCUGCCCUGGGAGUGCGAGCUGAAGAUGAGAGCCAUGGAGAAGUGCGCCGGCGCCAACGUCUACACCAAAGUGCCUGACGGCGGCUGGGGGUGGGCAGUUGCCGCCGCCUUUUUCUUCGUGGAAAUGUUUACGUACGGAGUGAUCAAAUCGUUUGGGGUCUUCUUCAACGAGCUCAUGGUCUACUUCGACGAGAGCAACAGCCGCAUAUCGUGGAUCAUCUCCAUCUGUGUCUUCGUCCUCACGUUCACCGCUCCCCUCUCCACCGUGCUGAGCAACAGAUUCGGGCACCGGCCAGUGGUGAUGGUCGGCGGAUUCCUCAUCAGCCUGGGAAUGAUCCUCGGCUCGUUUGCACGCAACGUGGUCGAAAUGUACAUCACCAUCGGGAUCGUGUCUGGACUCGGCUUCUGUCUCAGCUUCCUGCCGACCGUCACCAUCUUGUCUCUGUACUUCGACAAGCGGCGCUCCCUGGUCAUUGCGAUCGCUUCCACCGGGGAAUGUUUUGCCGUCUUCGCGUUUGCACCAGCCAUCACCGCACUAAACGAGCACAUCGGCUGGAGGUACUGCCUGCUGACCGUCGGCGCUCUGCAGCUGAACAUCGUGGUCUGCGGAGCCCUGCUGCGGCCCAUAGUCAUCAAACCCCAGGAGGAACGCAAAGGGUCUGUAAACACCGACAACCAAGAGACUACCUACAUGCUUGAAAACGAGCAAACGCUCACAUCUCUAGAUUCCAUAGACUCUGGAGUCGAAGUAUCUACCUCACCCAAGAAUGAAGCGGCCAACACGAAGCCUGAGAAGCCAGUAGAAGAAGUGAACAAAAAGGAGACGCUGGAGAAACGGGAACCUAAAGCGAAAGCCGCCCCUCUCCUGGACUUCUCCGUGUUGAGAAAUCCCAGUUUUAUAUGCUAUGCACUUUUCGGACUCUUCGCCACUCUUGGCUUCUUUGCACCUUCUCUGUACAUCAUUCCCCUCAGCCUGAGUCUGGGCAUCGACAAGGACCUGUCGGCCUACAUGCUGUCGGGCAUGGCGAUCGCCGAGGUCUUCGGGAGGAUCGGCGCUGGGUUGAUCCUAACUAAGAAACCGAUCAACAAGAUCUACAUUGAGCUGAUCUUCGUCGUCCUCCUGUGCCUGGCCCUCAUCGCCUUCGCAUUCGCCUAUGACUUUUGGGGACUGAUGGCAUGUAGCGUGUUCUUUGGCUGCAUGUUGGGCAGCGUGGCCGGCAGCCACAUCCCUCUGAUUGCUGAAGAGGACAUCGUUGGCAUUGAGAAGAUGUCGUCUGGGGUUGGCGUCUAUGUGUUCAUUCAGAGCCUUUCCGGACUGGCAGGACCGCCGCUGGGAGGUAUGCUGGUCGACUGGACACAAGACUACGCCUCGGCGUUUUACUCCUGUGCCGUCGGGAUGGUCUUUGCCGCCGCGUGCCUGGCUUUGGUAAGGCCGUGUAAGAAGGGACUAUGCCGCAGGAAGCCCGAGGCCGUGCCGAUGGAGUCCGUGAAAUGCCACGAGCCGCUCGACCCGCCGGAGGACUUCCUGGAGAUGGACUUGGGGCUCGGCAAAAGCUGCCAGAGUCUCAACGAGAGCCCUUCGAGUAUUAAGCCCUUAAACGGGCCAAACUAGAAUGUAAUUGGGUCAUCUCUCCGAAAACUCAAUCGAACGCUCAAAAAAGGGAAGGAAGACUAUGAACGUGGCGGGUUUCUACAUCCAGCUCACGUGCGCCGAUGCCGGCGGGGUAUUUACUUUCCAAAGAGAAUAACUUCACCGACCAUGAUGGCUUUUAAUUCACAGUGCGUGCGGAGUCUGUCUAAUUCUCGCCCCGCCACCAUCCUACGGGGUCUGCAUGCAACGCCUUCCGUGUAACAAACGAGGACCACGCGUGACGCCGGGCCAAUGCUAACCCUGCUGGACUCGUCGGCACGACGACGGGGUCAAUUUGCUAGUUACCAUGUAUUUUAUUAGUAUGAGACGUGCUGCUGCAUCUGUAACCAGAGACACUGAAGUCAUUACCUGCUCCUUGUUUUUAACGCAGACCAAAUAUUUAUUACGUGAGAUUUUAGGACACGCUGCUGAGCGGACGGGCGACGCUCGCCCCGCUCCUCUUUUAUUUCACAUUCUGUAGGAACGUUGCAAUAUUCCUAUAGUGCCUCAGGUCUUUCUCUUUUAUACACGUAGUAUUUUAACGCAAUGACUGUAACGAUACUGUUCUGGAACAUAUGCCUUGAAAUAAACUUCCUGAGACGCCUAAA